UCGCCACUUCACCCUGAUCUCUGCAAGCAACGGGUGCCUUACUAUGCAGCGGAUCUUCAUCAGAUCAGCUCAUCGAGUUAUCGUUUCGUUUGACCCAAGGUUUGACCCUUCGGCAUGGCUGAUUGACCGUGUGCACCGCUGCACAGCGUAUCAAAUGGCUUUGAAUACAUACCGACGGCGGCGAUGGGCAAGUCCCUUCGCUUUCUACCUCAUCCUCAGCGUCAAAGAUGUCUGCUUCUGCUGGAGACGAUCUUGCUGGUCCUGCUCUCGCGUUUCCUCCGGACUUUGAGAGCGACGGUCGGCAGCCAUCAACUGGGACCCUCUCCAGUUCGCUUCCCCCAAAAGCGCUGACGACUACGGCCGCGGAGGAGCUGGAGGCUCUAGCAGUCGCAGCCCUGCGCAUCUUACACUACAGAUGCACGAGCUUGGAGAAUGUUGAUCUCACUGUGAUCGAUGCGCAAGGAGUUCGGAGGGCACGUUUGAACACGACGGAAGACACGACUGUACAAGGCGCUCUCGCAGACGCCCGUAGCUCCCUCGCGACCGCGACGCGCUGCGAUCUAGAGGGCCAAGAGGUCAAGCUUGCACUAUCCGCGUCCAUCCCGCUCGGUCCCCAACAAGCUAUCGAUAUGUAUUGGCUUGUCAGUCAAGAUAGCUUCGAGAUCACCUACAACACAAUAGUCUUUCAUCCGGAGACCAUACAUGUUCUAGCUCAGUGCUACCGUGAAGCCUUCGAAGCUGUCCUGCGCCCCUCCGACGUCCUGGUCUCGCAUAUACCUUUUGAAGUAGCGCCCGUGCUGCUUAACCGUGCCAACGUAGCUACCACCCCGCCCAUCACGCCGUCGUAUGAAGGCCGCGUACUUCGAGAUGCCUUUCGUGACGCAGUCACCAAGUACCCCAAUGAACUCGCUUUGGACGACGGCACGACAUCCUUCACUUAUAGCGAAGUUGAUCUCCUUACGAACGCUGUGGCACAGAAGAUAUCUGAAGCCCUCGCUAGUUCGACCUUGCACGCCGGGUACAUAGCGACUUGCAUCCCACCCUCACCUCUUGCAAUUCUUGUGAUCCUGUCCAUUAUCAAGUAUGGCUCGGCGUAUGUUCCCCUGGACAUCCGGCUUCCCGAAUCACGCCUACAAUGGCUCGUCGAAGAUUCCGGCUCUUCCCUUCUCAUCACCGUUUCUGAUUCUCCCGCAUUCACCCCGGGCGUCCCAAGACUCGACCUCACUGACUUCCUCUCCAAUGCGAAAUCCAUCCUUACCUCGCCCAACCCAACUAUGCCCGCUAUCCGCCCCACCGCCAACGACGUCGCGUACAUCAUGUACACCUCCGGAAGCACUGGCCUCCCCAAGGGCGUCCGCAUCCGUGCGCCGGCCGUCCUCUCCUUCGCAUACGAUGGCGAGCCUCAACGCGUCGGACCCCGCACGCGCGUCGCGCAGGUGAACAACCUCGCCUGGGACGGGACCGUCUUUGACGUCUGGUGCACCCUCCUGCGCGGUGCGACCCUCGUCAGCUUCUCGCGUUACGACGUGCUGGACCCGGCGUUCCUGGCGCGCCUGUUCCACGAGCGUAACAUCACUGCGACGUUCUUGCCGACAAGCCAGCUCAGGCAGAUAUUGGCGCAUGCACCGGCGCUGUUCGAAGGGCUGGAGUCGAUCAGUUUUGGUGGGGAACUGCUGGGGUGGGAGCAUGUGAGGCAGCUGAGAAAGCUGAAUGAGGGGAUGCGGAUGUACCACGUUUAUGGGCCGACGGAGUGUUGUUGCUAUGUCGUUGGGUACGAGAUCCCUCCAUUGGAGGAGAUACCAGCCCGUGGUGUCGUUCCUAUCGGACGUGCUCUCCCCCCUGCGCAGGUAUUAGUCCUCGAUCCAAACCAGCGACUCGUACCACCCGGCGUACAAGGCGAGCUAUACAUCGGCGGGCGACAGGUCGGGGAGGGAUACCUCAACCGACCUGCUGAGACGGCCGCCGCCUUCGUUGACCUCGAUGUCUCGGGGGCCGGCGAGGGCCCUUCAAGAUUCUAUCGCACGGGAGACCUGGUCAAGUGGCUUCCGACAGGCGUAAUCCAGUUCGAGAGACGGUUGAACGCUGGUCAAGUCAAAAUUCGCGGUCAGCGUCUCGAACUCGCUGAGGUUGAAGCGGCCAUUGUGCGGACCGGCCUUGUCGCCGAUGCUGCCGUGGCUUGCGUCAAGGAGGGAGAUCCAUACUUGGUCGCCUUUGUUGUGCGGGAUCAGGCCUCGAACAAAACGACCGUGUCAGAAAAGGAUGUCUUCGUCGCUCUCAAGGCCUCCGUUCCCGCACACAUGAUCCCACGCUUCAUUUACUUCCUUGACACUCUCCCGCUCAAUAACAGCGGCAAGCUCGACCGUCGAAAAAUAGAGGCACUCGCACUCGAAGCCCACGCUCGCGGCUACGAGCACCAUCAUGCUGUCGAGGUCGACUACGAUGCACCGCGCACUGAGUUAGAGCGACGGAUCUGCGAAGCCUUCCAGGAUAUCCUCUGUCUCAGGGCCGUCGGUGCGACGAGCGAUUUCUUCGACAUUGGCGGCCAUUCGCUGCUGGCGCAAAGGCUCAAGUGGCGGCUUACCGAGCAAGAGCAGGUGGAGCUGGGUCUACCGGACAUCUUCGCUGGGCCGACGCCAAGGCAGUUGGCUGCGAGGAUCGAAUCGCUGCUCAAAGACGUUAGCAGCUCUCAGGCGGUGUCUAUUGCGGACACGGUGCGCGCGUUGCCCGAACGGCGACGGGACCUUCUCUCGCUGGGUCAGCUUCGCAUAUUCAACCUUGACCGAUUGGACGGGCCGGAAAAGUCUGUCUGCAAUAGCGCGCACUGGUUGGUCCUUGAAGGCGAUUUGGACGUCGAGGUUAUGGCGCGCGUCGUUGAGGACAUCGGACACCGUCACGAAGCUCUGCGCCACAUCUUCGUGCCAACGGACGACGAGCCGCGGCUGAAGAUCGUCGACACGGUGCCCUCGAUGGAGGUUAUUGAUGUCGAACCCGGUCUACAAGGCGACGCACUAGAUGACUUACUCCGAUACCACGCCACCCGGCAUUUUGAGAUAACCACCGAGACCUCAUACCGACCUAUCCUCUUCCGCUUGACCCCGCGCAAGCAUAUUUUGCUACUCUCCAUGCAUCACAUCGAUACCGACGGCUUCUCGCGCGACGUCCAUUACAAGGAGGUCAGAGAGCUGUACUCUGCGUAUGUGGACCGCCGCGAGCCCAACCUCCCGGGAUUGCCCAUACAGUACAGCGACUGGGCCCAAUUCCAGCGCACCCCCGAAUACGAGCGUUUCAUCGCACCACAGAUGGAGUACUGGGUCAACAAGCUCGACGGCUUCGUACCUCUGGAGAUACCCCUCGACUUCCCCCGGCCCUCCGUCGUCGACCACGUCGGCGGCCUCGAGGUCGUCGACUGCCAAGCCGAUCUCGUGCAUGCGCUUGAUGCCCUCUGUCACGCUGAACGCGCGACCAUGUUCAUGGUCCUCGUCGCUGCCCUCCGCUGCGCGGCCUUUGCACGCGACGGCGCUGCCGACGCCGCCUUCCCAACCACCGCCGCUUGCCGGAACCGCGCAGAGGUCGCCGACCUCGCGGGCUACUUCGUUAACCUCCUCGUAUACCGCAUACCCAUGCGUGCUGGGGUGAAGUUCCGCGACGUACUGCGAAUGGUUAGGGACGACUCCCUUGAGGGCAUGGCGCAGCAGGAUGCGCCGUACCCGCGCGUCAUGGCCGAGCUCGCCGCGCGAGGGACGCCUGUGGGGACGCGGCCCUUGAGGACGAUCAUAGGUUACCAUGUUCUGGAUGCUGGGUACUUCGAGGCCGGUGGCAUUCAGGCGUCGCCGAUUGAGGUGAACAUGCAUGCGAUGCGGUGGGACAUCGAGAUCUUCUUUAACCGGCGGGAAGGUGCGCAUAGGAUGUGGGGCGAGGUCAACUACAGGAAGGACCUUUAUCGGAAGGAGACGAUGAGAGCGUUCGCCAAAAGUAUACAGGAGAUCCUAGCGCGGGCGGCGCGGGAUCCUGACUUCGAGGUGGUGGCAGGCGGGCAACCAAUGGGAGGUGUAUAACAGGUCGUGUAUCUUCGAAUUAGAGUGAGGGCGUAAGCAGAAGUAUGCGAGGUGGGCGUCGUAGAUAUAGAUUGUCUGUCUGGCCUCUUUCCCUGAGGAUAGGAUCGGCGCGUACGGUAGCUCUUCCAAUGAUAUGAAGUGUACUGCUGGA